AUGUCGUCUGUAUUCGCCAAUUCUCGAAACGUGCUCAUUACUGGGAGUCAAUUGACCAGCACGUAUACACAGACUACCGUUGAACCCACUCGGCGAGGCAUUGAUCUUCUUCGGGACCAUACCUGUUCCGGGGCAUUGCUGGACUCGAACGAGCGCUUUGAUCCUCCUAGAUGCGCCCCUGAUACUCGCGUUUCCAUCAUCCAGGAGAUAUUGGAGUGGAUAGCCAAUGACGAGCGCUCCUCAAUUCUUUGGCUUUACGGACCGGCCGGCGCAGGAAAAUCUGCCUUGGCACAAACUAUUGCAGAGCUUUGCCAAAAAGAUGGGCGCUUCAUCGGGAGCUUCUUCUUCUCCCGAGCGACCCUCAACCGCAGCGACGGGAGAAUGUUGGUUGCAACUUUAGCUUAUCAACUGCUUCUUUCAUUUCCAGCAAUUCGCACCGACAUACGAAAUUGCAUUGAUGAAGACCCCACUAUCUUUGAAAGAGCGAACACAACUCAGAUGGACAAACUGGCUAUUCAACCGCUCAACAGGAUCACUCUAUCUUGGACGAAUAUCUUCCUAUCCGGCCUAAAAUCCAUUUUUAAGGACUAUUUUCCCGUCCACCGACCUCGGCUAAUCGUCAUUGAUGCUCUCAACGAGUGCAAUGACUCUCAAAUGCAAACCGAUAUUCUUAACAUGAUUAGCGACGCCACUCGAAAACUAAAGCACCCCAUCAAAUUUCUAGUCGCCAGUAGACCAGAAUCCCAUAUCGUUCGCACCUUCAAUCAUGAUCUGGAGGCUUUCUCCUUCAUUAACCUCGCAGUUGACAACAAUGCACAGAAUGACAUUCGAACGUACCUCUCAAGGGAGUUUGAAGCAAUCAAACGGACCCAUCCCAUGCGCUCAUAUCUAUCUUCUUCUUGGCCCCCACAAGAAUCAAUCGAACACAUCGUUCGCAAAGCGUCUGGGGAGUUUAUAUACGCCACCACCAUUAUCAAGUACAUUCGGUCCCCGAAGCAUAGACCAGACGACCGUCUCCAGGUUAUCCUCGGGCUUUACCCGGCUCCCGCGAAUGAGGCCCCCUUCGCCGAGCUAGAUGCAUUAUACAGCCACAUCUUUUCCCUUAUCACCAACUUCGAACUUGUCAUGCGGAUCAUUGGUAUUCUCGUCAUUCCUAGAUCAAAAGGCGACUGCCUCGGAAACUACAAGAGUCCAGCCGUCAUCGAGGAGCUCCUGUCUCUUAAACCAGGAGACGUUCGGAUCCUUCUUAACGAUUUACAAUCCAUAAUCAUCGUCGACGAACCCGAUGUCCCAAUAAAAAUUCUACACGCGUCUCUUGCGGACUACCUCCUCGACCGUGGUCGAUCGGAGAAAUUUUGGAUUGACCUGCCAUUGCUCCAUUCCUUCAUGGCAUCAGGCUACUCAAAGCGCACUCUAAGGAUCAUAGGCGAGUUCCGCAUAAUUAGUACAUCAUAUACCUAUAUCGCUGACGUUGGCGGUGAAGAUGACCACAAUUUCAAUCCUAACACCUUUCAGUCUUCCUUGGUGCCAUUCAUUAUGCACUGUGAAUUAUCUGUCAUUACGCAAGAUCUCGUGCGAGCAAUCCUGUCCUUGGAUUUUGCGUCCAUUUGUCAAGCGAUGGUCACUCGUUAUAAGGCGUGGCUAGUGCUUAAUAAUUUCUACAUCUGGUUUCUAGUCAGGACGUUCUUCAGGUUCCUCGAACGCGAUGUGUUUGGACCGAAGAGCGAAAGCAUUGAACUGUACCGUACGCUGCAACUUGAAAACUUGAAGGGCUUCUUCAUACAACAACUGGGUAACACCGUCCCAGAAAUUUACCUCCCCGACUUGAUUACUCUUAUACGUGGGAAGGUUAAACGAUGCUCUUGUUCCGCGAUGCCCGGCGCUUCCAAACACUUUUGCCACGCGAAACGCCCAGAAGCCUCGCCGCACAUCAUUCAAUAUCUUAUCCUCGGUUGCCAGCUAUUUUACUGGGAUUACACUCCCUCCAACGCAAAGCCACGCGCAAGAUACGCAGCAGCGGUCUGCAAUUGUUUGAAAUUUCUUUCAAAAUAUGAUCCCAAGCAAGAGGAACAAACUGUGCCAGGAAAGAAGCACCAGCGGCGCUCCAAUACUCCCUUCAAAAUUCACUACCACUCAGACGAGCUCUGGGAGGCGCACUUGGACCUUGCGUUGGUACUCUUCCCGCAAGCCGAUAACCUCAAUGAGCUCGUUGCGUACCUUUCUUGUCUAAGAUUUUCGCCCUCAAUAGUUGCAAGGUACUCAUCUCAUAUCAACAAGCUGACGAAAGUCGUCAUUGUAUACCUUCAGGACGUCGAGCCCUACAUCGAUCCGACACUGCUGCCGAAACUAAAAGAAAGAUGGGUCUGCGACCCAGGACCACCUUCUUACAGUGACUGA